UGCCGGACAAAGUUAAAUGACGGAAAUCUAACGCUGUGAAAUUCACGUGAACAACAUGAAAAAUCAUAAACAUGGGACACAAAAGGCAAAAUUCAAGCCAGGGUCCAAGAAAAGAGAGAACAAAUGCGUCGUAAUGUUUGACGACAAAGACAGACAAGACUAUCUGACUGGUUUCCAUAAGAGAAAGGUGGAGAGGAAAAAAGCAGCAGUGGAAGAAAUCAAAAGGAAGAUUAAAGAAGAGCAGAGCCGAGUCAGAGAGGAACGACAUAAAGAAUACAUAAAGAUGCUGAAGGAGAGGAGAGAAGCUCUCGUGGACGCAGAAGAUGACCUGGAAGACGCAGUCAUCAGUAAAACAGAGUCGGUGCAGUAUGAUCACCCGAACCACACCGUCACCGUGACGACCAUAAGUGACCUUGACCUCUCAGGAGCACAUCUGCUCCGACCCGCAACUAAUGCUGAUAAACAAAGCGGGGAUGAAGAUGAAGAAGAGGAGAAAAUGCCUGCCAUGCCAAAAAAAGCCAGAGAUCCGAUCAAGAGCAAAAAAAUCUGCUCCCUUACAGCAGCGCUCAGCACCUAUACCAGCAAGCGGAAAAGGAAAGGGAAGCGGGAAGGCAGACGAGGCCAUCGGACAGACAAGAGAGCCGCGGGUGUCGAGAAUAAACACAGGAGCGGGAAGACCACCAAGAGUCAGAGACGCCGACAGACGGGGAAAAAAACACACCAUGAGGACUAAAAAAAAUGUUUUUGUUUUUUUUAUCAUUUACGGAUUGGAUUUCUAAAGAGAUGAGAUCUUUUUUGUCAGUCUGUGUUUGAGUGAUAUUUUGUCAGUGCUACACAGAUUUCACUGUACAUUCUUGCAUUUUGAUUAA